GUUGAAUGAUGAGCGAAAAGUCAUUUGUUUACAAUUAUUACAAUGGCCUCCGUCACUGAGAUGAAGUGCGCAGUCAGAGAGACACUGGAGUCCCGCGGUGUACUGGGCCAGCUGAAGGCUCGUAUCCGGGCAGAGGUGUUCAGAGCCUUGGAUGAUGAACACCGUCCUCGUCCGCCGCUGUCCCACGAAAACCUGCUCAUCAACGAGCUCAUACGGGAGUAUCUAGAGUUCAACAAGUACAGGCACACUGCAUCUGUACUGACUGCAGAGUCAGGCCAACCCGAAGUUCCCUUAGACAGACAGUUUCUGGCAAAUGAGUUGAAAGUUGCAGAAGAUGCAAGUUCCAAGUCUGUGCCUCUUCUCUAUGGCUUGGUGUCUCACUUUGUGAACAGCGGUGAUAAUGCCACGAAGGUGUUUCUGCGUGGUGCCUCUCUACCAUCUGGUCCUGCUGCUGGUAGUGCAGUACCUGGACCUGAUGCCUAAAACUUCACAAUGGGUACUUAUAUGAUGUGGACCAAAAAGAUGCUGCAACACACAAAUUGUUAAUGUAAAACUGACAAAGUUUGUUGUCUUUUAGCUGAGUAGACUCUGAUUCAGUUAACUGAAGAUGUGUAGAGAAUGUAUUUAUACUUAGAUUGAAUGAAAUUUUGCAUCUCCUUGUUUUAAUUCAGUGACAGAAGCUUCUAUCCAUCACUGUGUUUUCAGUUGACAAGCAUUGCUGCUAUGAAUAUGUAAUUUCAAGGCCUCAUUACUGUUUUUCUAGUGUAAUUUGCCAAAUAUUCAAUGUUGGGCAUUAAUAUUUAAUAGCAAUACACAACGACUAAUAGAAUCAGUCAUUGUAUUUGCAGUAAUCCUCUAUGUCCUGAUAAAAGCAAGUUGUCCACUUUAACUUCAGAUUAGUUUUGUAGAUGCAUUUUCUAUUUUGAUUUACACACUAUGUUUAUUGUUUGUUUGGUUGUCUUUUUUUUUUUAAUAAAUGUUUUCUAUUUA